AUGGGCAUCAUCGAGGACGAGGUUAAGCAAUUGAAGGAUGUCAUCGGCAACCUCGAGUCGCGCAUCAGGAGGCUCGAGGACCGUGGUGCCGGCUCGUCGCCGACCGCCGCCGAUCUCCGCAUGAUUCUCAUCGGACCUCCCGGCGCUGGCAAGGGAACGCAGGCCCCCAAGCUGAAGGAGCGAUUUUCUUGCUGCCACCUGGCUACCGGUGAUAUGCUCCGUUCCCAGGUCGCCAAGAAGACUCCCCUCGGUCGCGAAGCCAAGAAGAUUAUGGACCAGGGCGGUCUGGUCAGCGACGACAUCGUCAUUGGCAUGAUCAAGGAGGAGCUGGACAACAACAAGGAGUGCCAGGGCGGCUUCAUCCUCGACGGUUUCCCGCGCACCGUUCCUCAGGCCGAGGGCCUGGACGCCAUGCUCAAGGAGCGUAGCAAGGAGCUUCAGCACGCCGUCGAGCUGCAGAUUGACGACUCCCUUCUCGUUGAGCGCAUCACCGGCCGUCUUGUUCACCCCGCCUCCGGACGCAGCUACCACCGCACCUUCAACCCCCCCAAAGAAUACAUGAAGGACGACAUCACCGGCGAGCCCCUCAUCCAGCGCAGCGACGACAACGCCGAGGCCCUCACCAAGCGCCUGGGCACCUACCAUGCUCAGACCUCCCCUGUCGUUGGCUACUACCAGAAGACUGGGAUUUGGAAGGCCAUUGACGCCAGCCAGGAGCCCGGCCAGGUUUGGAAGAGCAUGCUCAACAUCGUCGAGCCCGAUUCCGCCAAGGGCCACGGUUCCACUAUUCUCUCCAGGCUCACUGGUUCCAACUAG